AUGGAGUCUCAUACAAGACUAUCGCCGAUGCCACCUGUCCCGUCAUUUCAGACAUCGCCGUCUGGGGCCCGCAAGCGCUCGAUCCACGAGGUUGAUGGUGAUAAUGGACCAUCACCAAAUUUCAAGUCCCCGGUGACGGAAACUACCGGGGAAAACCAAGAGAACCGUGAUCCUUCACUCCCUCCGCCGGCUGACCAUGCGGUGUCUACAUCUCACUCUUCAAAACCUACGAUGGCUCCCCGUCAAUCUGUUGAAGUUGUGGUGAGAAGCUCCUCGAGACAAAGGGAGAAUGCUGAGUGUCGCGAUUUGGAACUAACAUCUCCAUCAAAUAAGGCUUCUAAUCCUGAACCUGACACCCCGGCUUCGAAAAAGCGCAAAGUGGCAUCGGCUAGCAAGGAUGCUAAGCAACAAGAAAAGGAGGCGAAGGAGCGUCAAAGGGCAGAUGAGAAAAUUAAAAAGGAAGAAGAGAAAGCAAAGAGGGAAGAAGAGAAAUUGAAGAAGGAAGAAGAGAAGGCCAAGCGAGAGGAAGAAAAGCGCUUGAAGGCAGAAGAAAAGGCAGAGGAAAAGAGGAAGCGCGAGAUCGAACGUGACGAAGAGAAGCGGAAGAAGGAAGCCCAGCGAGACGAGAAGAAGAAAGCCAAGGAAGACGAGAAGGCAGCUAAAGAUGAGGAGAAGCGCAAGAAAGAUGAGGAGAAGCGCAAGAAAGACGAGGAAAAGGAGAAAAAGAUUCGAUCGCAACCCAAACUCAACUCUUUCUUCGUCAAACCGAGCUUGCCUUCCGCUUCUGCCGCACAAACGACCAAUGUACCUUCCUCUCCUAGGAAGUCAUCUACGGCGGAGGACCCCAAGACUUCCCCCCGUUGCUUGAAGUCGGACUACGAGCGAGAGUUCCCCCCAUUUUUCCUCAAGUCCCAUACUGUUGUGGCACCUCCUCAUCGUUUCGAACGCGACGAUCAAGCACUCCAUCACGUUCGACAAGCUGUCGACUUAUCAAUGAACAAAGAUCCCGCGGAUGAGGUUCUCCCAUUCCGGCCGUCAGAGCUCUUUCAAUUCAUUCCUUUCCACCGCUCGCAGGGUGAUUCUACACACUCCGUCAAGGAUCUCGUCGCGCAACUCCAAAAGUCUGCGGACUCCGUGCAGCCUGGUCAACACCCGGUAACCAACCCAUCUUCGCGGCCCCAAGAACUGUUGCGCAAAGUAAAAAUGAAGUCGUUGAAGUUCGGUGAAGAUAUCCGCCCUCCUUACCAGGGAACAUUUACCCGACCUGUGUCCGCGUCGUCUGCGAGGAAACUUUCGCGGAACCCCUACCAUCGCGGAUUGCCGGAAACCAAUUAUGAUUAUGACUCCGAAGCGGAAUGGGAGGAGCCUGAAGAGGGUGAGGAGCUGGACUCGGAAGAAGAGGAUGAGGGCAGUGACGAUGGCGAGGAUGACCUGGAAGGCUUCCUAGAUGAUGAGGAUGACGCUCUUGCGGGGGGUAAACGCCGUCCUAUCGUUGGUGACCUCGAGCCCGUUACGACCGGCAUCCAGUGGGCUGCCGAUGGAGUGAACCCGGAAACCAAAAUUUACCAGAUCCAAACCAUCUCCGAUGCGGUUCAGUUCCCUAUUGAUCCCUUUUCAACUGCAUACUGGGACAAGCCCAAGCCGGCCGAUCAGUCAGCGAAGGCACGGGGUGUGUCGGGCAUCAGGUUCGUCCCGACUGUCCUCCCUGGCAUGACCGUCACCACCGGUCUUCUGCCUCCCUCCAAAGCUAAGCGACCAUUCCCGCCGGACCAACUGUCGGAGUUCAAAGAAGCGGUCGAGGGUAGCGAUCUCAGCAAGAUCGGGUUGGUCGAGAUCUUGAAGAAACGAUUCCCGAAGGUCUCGAAGGACACCCUUAAAGCGACCCUUGACCAAGUUGCUAUCCGUGUUGGUCAGAAGGAAGUUGAUAAGAAAUGGGUGUGUCGGUGA